GUGUGUUGUUCUUGGAAACAGACUGAAAGGAAGCAGCUGACCAGAACAUACACACGAUAUUCAUUAGAGGCUUUUCUAAAGGGAAAAUAAUAACAGAAAUUCUCUCAGCUACAGAAGAGACAUUCUCCGUGGGGCUUUAAGUUGAUUCUCUGUGUUUGCAGGAGGAGGUGCAUACGUUUAGUCUAUCAGCUGCUAAUGGAAAAGGCUUCAGACAGGCAGACUGCACAUUAUUAAAAGGCCAGCUGAAACCCUCUUCAGGAAGACAUUCUACCCGUGUUUAUGCAACAACUGCUUUGGUACUGUACAUGCAUUGAACUGAGCACAUGAAAAGGCAGCAGAAAUGUGGUCCAUUUGGAAUGGAAUAAAUGAAAACACCUACUGAGGAUUUUCUGGGAAUAAAAUAGACAGCAAAUAAAACUAGUGCAAGCCCUACAGGAAGAUCAGAGGAUGAGCAUCUCAUGGUGUGUGUUUGUUGUUGUUUUCAAAUGAGAGCUUACCUACCAUGAACGGAAGAAGUAAAUCUGCAGAGACUUCAUUUCCUCUUCUGACCCCUCGUUUACAUCAUUAACUGGUGACAGUCACAUCUACAUACACAGUACCUGCCACUUCAGCUGCUCAGAAUUAUAGAAGCUUCUUUGUAUGCAGCAGACAUGGCUAGCCAGCAGGAUUCAGGCUUCUUUGAAAUCAGUAUCAAAUAUUUACUGAAAUCCUGGAGCAAUACUUCUCCAGUUGGUAACGGAUACAUCAAACCAACAGUUCCUCCCGUUUCUGGCACACAAAGGGAAAAGGGACCUCCAGCCAUGUUGCCCAUCAAUGUUGACCCAGACAGUAAACCAGGCGAAUAUGUCCUGAAGAGCUUGUUUGUUAAUUUUACAACACAGGCUGAGCGCAAGAUUCGCAUCAUCAUGGCAGAGCCCCUUGAAAAGCCGCUGACCAAAUCUCUGCAACGAGGAGAAGAUCCCCAGUUUGAUCAAGUAAUAAGCUCAAUGAGCUCCCUUUCAGAGUAUUGCUUACCCUCUAUUCUUCGUACUUUGUUUGAUUGGUAUAAAAGACAAAAUGGCAUUGAAGAUGAAUCUCAUGAAUAUAGACCAAGAACAAGCACCAAAUCUAAAAGUGAUGAACAACAGCGAGACUAUUUAAUGGAAAGAAGAGAUCUGGCUAUCGAUUUCAUUUUUUCAUUAGUACUAAUAGAAGUUUUGAAACAGAUUCCACUUCAUCCUGUAAUAGACAGUUUGGUACAUGAUGUUAUUAACUUGGCUUUCAAGCACUUUAAAUAUAAAGAAGGGUAUCUUGGUCCUAACACUGGAAAUAUGCAUAUUGUUGCAGAUCUAUAUGCAGAAGUAAUAGGUGUGCUAGCACAAGCUAAAUUUCCUGCUGUGAAGAAAAAAUUCAUGGCAGAAUUAAAAGAGUUGCGACAUAAAGAGCAAAGCCCUUACGUGGUUCAAAGCAUUAUCAGUCUAAUAAUGGGAAUGAAAUUCUUUCGCAUUAAGAUGUAUCCUGUGGAGGACUUUGAAGCCUCUCUUCAGUUUAUGCAGGAAUGUGCACAUUAUUUCCUUGAAGUGAAAGACAAAGAUAUCAAACAUGCAUUAGCAGGACUGUUUGUUGAAAUUCUUGUCCCUGUUGCUGCUGCUGUUAAGAAUGAAGUGAAUGUCCCCUGUCUGAGGAACUUUGUUGAAAGCCUGUAUGAUACAACACUUGAGCUUUCUUCACGAAAGAAGCACUCACUGGCUUUGUAUCCUUUGGUAACAUGCCUGCUUUGUGUCAGUCAGAAGCAGUUCUUUUUAAACAGAUGGCAUAUUUUCCUCAAUAACUGCCUAUCCAAUCUCAAGAACAAGGAUCCAAAAAUGGCUCGAGUUGCACUGGAAUCUCUGUACAGACUACUCUGGGUUUACAUGAUUAGAAUUAAAUGUGAAAGCAAUACAGCUACCCAAAGUCGUCUUAUUACUAUUGUUACAACACUUUUCCCCAAAGGGUCAAGGGGUGUGGUGCCAAGGGAUAUGCCUCUAAACAUCUUUGUGAAAAUUAUACAGUUUAUUGCACAGGAGCGCUUAGAUUUUGCAAUGAAAGAAAUUAUCUUUGACUUCCUUUGUGUUGGAAAACCAGCAAAAGCUUUCAGUCUCAAUCCAGAGAGAAUGAAUAUUGGUCUGAGAGCUUUCUUGGUAAUUGCUGAUAGCUUACAGCAAAAAGAUGGUGAACCUCCAAUGCCAGUUACUGGAGCUGUCCUUCCCUCUGGAAACACUCUCAGAGUGAAGAAAACUUACUUGAGCAAAACCCUGACAGAGGAGGAAGCUAAAAUGAUAGGUAUGUCAUUAUAUUAUUCUCAAGUAAGAAAAGCUGUAGACAACAUACUAAGGCACCUUGAUAAGGAAGUGGGGCGAUGCAUGAUGUUAACAAACAUACAGAUGUUGAACAAAGAACCUGAAGAUAUGAUCACGGGUGAAAGAAAACCAAAAAUUGAUCUUUUCAGAACAUGUGUUGCUGCUAUUCCUCGAUUGCUUCCUGAUGGAAUGUCAAAACUUGAGCUGAUCGAUUUACUGGCAAGGCUCUCUAUCCAUAUGGACGAUGAACUUCGACACAUUGCACAAAAUUCUCUUCAGGGUCUACUUGUUGACUUUGUUGACUGGCGGGAAGAUGUACUCUUUGGAUUUACUAAUUUCCUGCUACGUGAAGUGAAUGAUAUGCAUCAUACUCUCCUUGAUACUUCCCUAAAAUUGCUGCUACAGUUGCUUACACAGUGGAAGCUUGUAAUACACACUCCAGGAAAAACCUCUGAACAAGCAAAAAACAGAUCCUCAGAGUUGAUACCAAAUGGAUCCAGCCAUAGAAUACAGUCUGAAAGAAGUCCUUACUCCAAUGUACUGCAUGCUGUCGAAGGGUUUGCACUCGUCUUACUUUGUAGUUUCCAGGUUGCUACACGUAAACUAGCAGUUUUGAUUCUCCGAGAAAUCCGGGCUUUAUUUCUUGCACUUGGCCAGGCAGAGGAUGAUGACAGACCUAUGAUUGAUGUCAUGGAUCAAUUAAGUUCUUCUAUUCUUGAAAGUUUUAUUCAUGUGGUAGUUUCAGAUUCAACAGCAAUACCAUUAACACACAACGUGGAUCUGCAGUGGCUGGUAGAGUGGAAUGCAGUCCUAGUAAACAGCCAUUAUGACGUGAAAAGCCCUUCCCAUGUUUGGAUAUUUGCACAGUCCGUGAAAGAUCCGUGGGUUCUCUGUCUCUUCAGUUUUCUUAGACAAGAGAAUUUACCAAAACAUUGUCCUACAGCUCUCAGCUAUGCUUGGCCAUAUGCUUUUACUCGGCUACAGCUGAUAAUGCCUCUUGUGGAUCCAAAUAUCCCUAUAAAUGCAAAAAAAACAAGCACGGCUAGCAGUGGAGACAACUAUGUAACUCUGUGGAGAAACUAUCUUAUACUCUGUUUUGGAGUGGCAAAACCCAGUAUUAUGAGCCCUGGACACUUGCGUGCCUCAACUCCAGAGAUCAUGGCUACCACUCCAGAUGGUACAGUGAACUACGAUAAUAAGGCUAUUGGAACCCCAUCUGUUGGUGUCCUGUUAAAGCAGCUAGUGCCUUUAAUGAGACUUGAAAGCAUAGAAAUCACAGAAUCACUUGUAUUGGGAUUUGGAAGAACAAAUUCUCUUGUUUUCAGGGAAUUAGUAGAAGAACUUCAUCCACUAAUGAAAGAAGCCCUAGAAAGAAGACCAGAGAAUAAGAAACGCCGUGAGCGCCGAGAUCUUCUAAGACUGCAGUUACUGCGAAUUUUUGAAUUACUUGCUGAUGCUGGUGUUAUAAGUGACAGUACAAAUGGAGCCUUAGAGAGGGAUACCUUAGCCCUUGGAGCCUUGUUUUUAGAGUAUGUUGAUUUGACCCGCAUGCUGCUGGAGGCUGAAAAUGAUAAAGAAGUUGAAAUUCUUAAGGACAUGAGAGCACACUUCAGCGCCAUGAUUGCUAACUUGAUUCAGUGUGUUCCAGUUCAUCAUAGGAGAUUCCUCUUCCCUCAGCAAAGUUUGAGGCACCAUCUUUUCAUCUUGUUUAGUCAAUGGGCUGGACCUUUCAGUAUUAUGUUUACACCACUGGAUCGUUAUAGUGACAGAAAUCACCAGAUUACAAGAUACCAGUACUGUGCAUUAAAGGCAAUGUCAGCUGUACUCUGCUGUGGCCCUGUAUUUGACAAUGUGGGUCUUUCUCCUGAUGGCUAUCUCUACAAAUGGCUUGAUAACAUUCUAGCUUGCCAAGAUUUACGUGUUCAUCAGCUGGGAUGUGAAGUUGUCAUCUUAUUGCUGGAACUAAAUCCUGACCAAGUAAAUCUCUUCAACUGGGCCAUCGAUCGUUGUUAUACUGGAUCAUACCAGCUUGCCUCUGGAUGCUUUAAAGCCAUUGCAACUGUAUGCGGAAGCAGGAACUAUCCUUUUGAUAUAGUGACCCUUUUAAACUUAGUGCUGUUCAAGGCAUCCGACACCAACAGAGAGAUUUAUGAAAUUUCCAUGCAACUUAUGCAGAUUCUGGAGUCAAAACUUUUUGUUUAUUCAAAGAAAGUAGCUGAGCAAAGGCCUGGCAGUAUCCUCUAUGGUACUCAUGGUCCAUUGCCACCUCUCUACAGUGUAUCACUAGCCCUUCUCUCCUAUGAAUUAGCAAGGAUGUAUCCUGAGCUUACCCUUCCACUUUUUUCAGAGGUAAGUCAGCGAUUCCCAACAACUCAUCCAAAUGGGAGACAGAUCAUGCUUACCUAUCUUCUACCAUGGCUUCAUAACAUUGAACUUGUAGACAACAGACUACUUCUCCCAGGAUCAAGCCCUAGCACUCCAGAGGAUGAAAUAAAGGACAAAGAAGGGGAAAUAGCAGUCACAUAUGGGCUGAAAGGAAAUGGAUGGGGCUCUCCUGAAGCCACAUCAUUGGUGCUGAAUAAUCUCAUGUACAUGACAGCCAAGUACGGAGAUGAAAUUCCUGGACCAGAGAUGGAAAAUGUCUGGAAUGCCCUAGCUAACAAUGAGAAGUGGAGCAACAACCUUAGAAUAACACUGCAGUUUCUCAUUAGCUUGUGUGGGGUUAGCAGUGAUACCAUCCUUUUACCUUAUAUCAAAAAGGUUGCAAUAUAUCUGUGUCGGAAUAACACUAUUCAAACAAUGGAAGAGCUGCUUUUUGAGCUGCAGCAGACAGAUCCAGUGAACCCUAUAGUCCAGCAUUGUGAUAAUCCUCCUUUUUACCGUUUUACUGCCAGCAACAAGGCCUCAGCUGCUGCUUCUGGAACCACCUCUAGCAGUAAUACUGUUGUAGCUGGCCAAGACAGUUUUCCUGACAUAGAGGAGAGCAGGAUGGUGAAAGAAACUGAUGAAAGGUUCAGUAAUGUAAUCAGAGUACAUACUCGGCUAGAGUCAAGGUACAGUAACAGCUCUGGAGGAUCAUAUGAUGAUGACAAAAAUGAUCCUGUUUCUCCAUACACAAGCUGGCUGUUGAAUAUUGUUGAAACCAAACAGCCACAACCCCUGCCAAUGCCUUACAAUGGGGGAUGCUGGGCACCACUAGUUGACUACCUCCCAGAAACCAUCACGCCACGGGGACCCCUACAUAGGUGCAAUAUUGCUGUCAUCUUUAUGACUGAAAUGGUAGUGGAUCACAGUGUAAGAGAAGAUUGGGCCCUCCACCUUCCCUUAUUACUUCAUGCUCUCUUUUUAGGUCUUGACCAUUAUCGCCCUGAGGUUUUUGAACACAGUAAAAAGCUACUGCUCCACCUUUUGAUUGCAUUGUCUUGCAACAGCAAUUAUCAAGCCAUUGCCUCAGUGCUUCUUCAGACCAGAGAGAUGAAUGAAACCAAAACUCUGACAGUCCAACCAGCAUAUCUACCUGAAUACCUCUAUACAGGUGGCUUUGACUUUCUACGGGAAUACCAGUCAUCUCCAGUGCCAGACUCUGGUUUAAGCUCCAGCUCCACCUCCUCCAGUAUCAGUCUGGGGGGCAGCAGUGGAAAUCUUCCACAGAUCACCCAAGAGAUCGAGGACAUGGACACAGCUGUUGAAACAGAUGAAAAGGCAAACAAGUUAAUUGAGUUUCUGACAACCAGGGCAUUUGGUCCACUUUGGUGCCAUGAAGAUAUAACACCCAAGAACCAGAAUACAAAAAGCACUGAGCAGCUUACUAAUUUUCUACGUCAUCUUGUGUCUGUGUUUAAAGAUUCCAAGUCAGGAUUCCAUUUGGAACAGCAUCUGAGUGAAGUUGCUUUACAAACAGCUCUGUCAAGUUCCUCAAGACAUUAUGCAGGUCGCUCUUUCCAGAUAUUCAGGGCUCUAAAACAGCCUCUUUCUGCACAUGCAUUGUCUGACCUUCUGUCAAGGUUGGUGGAAGUUAUAGGAGAGCAUGGAGAUGAGAUUCAGGGUUAUGUAAUGGAGGCCCUACUGACCUUGGAGGCUGCUGUGGAUAAUCUGUCUGAUUGUUUGAAGAACAGCGACCUCUUAACUGUUUUAUCUCGCUCGUCAUCACCAGACCUAACAUCAAGCACUAAACUGACCACAAACCGGAAGAGUACAGGCCAACUUAAUGUAAAUCCUGGAGCUGUAAGCAGUAACAUAACCACUGCUGAAAGAAGCAGACACCAGAGGAGUUUUUCCGUACCCAAGAAGUUUGGGGAUGUAGACAAAUCCUCAGAUCCACCACGCAGUGCCACGCUGGACAGGAUUCAGGCAUGCACUCAACAAGGCCUGUCCUCCAAAACCAGGAGCUCAUCCUCUCUGAAAGACAGCCUGACCGAUCCAUCUCAUAUUAACAAUCCAACCAACCUGCUGGCCACCAUUUUCUGGGUUGCAGUGGCUUUGAUGGAAUCAGAUUUUGAAUUUGAGUACUUAAUGGCAUUACGGUUGUUAAAUAAACUACUAGCUCAUUUGCCACUGGAUAAAGUUGAAAAUAGGGAGAAAUUAGAAAAAUUACAAGGACAGCUAAAAUGGGCUGAUUUCUCAGGACUACAGCAGCUGCUGCUGAAAGGAUUCACCUCCCUUACCACCACUGACCUCACAUUACAGCUCUUCAGUUUGCUGACGCCAGUGUCACGAAUAUCCAUGGUGGAUUCAUCUCAAGCUAUAGGGUUCCCACUGAAUGUCUUGUGUCUCCUGCCUCAUUUAAUUCAGCAUUUUGACAGUCCAAACCAGUUUUGUAAGGAAAUAGCAGAAAGGAUUGCUCAGGUUUGUCUGGAAGAAAAAAACCCUAAGCUAUCAAAUCUUGCACAUGUCAUGACCCUUUAUAAAACUCACAGUUAUACGAGAGACUGUGCUACCUGGGUAAAUGUUGUUUGCCGUUACCUUCAUGAAGCCUUUGCUGACAUUACCCUGAAUAUGGUUACAUAUUUGGCUGAGCUACUGGAGAAAGGCCUUCCCAGCAUGCAACAGUCCCUCUUGCAGAUGAUCUACAGUCUUCUUAGCUAUAUGGACUUAUCAGCCAUUCCUGUUAAACAGUUUAACAUGGAGGUUCUGAAGACCAUUGAAAAAUAUGUGCAGAGCGUUCACUGGAGGGAGGCCUUAAAUAUCUUGAAGUUGGUUGUUUCUCGCUCUGCCAGCCUGGUUUUACCUUCCUAUCAACACAGUGAUCUUUCAAAAAUGGAAAUGCAUCGAGUGUGGACCAGUGCAUCCAAGGAACUACCAGGGAAAACUUUGGAGUUUCAUUUUGAUAUUUCAGAGACUCCAAUAAUUGGGAGACGAUAUGAUGAACUUCAGAGUUCUUCUGGACGAGAUGGUAAACCCAGGGCAAUGGCUGUCACUCGAAGCGCUUCAUCAACCUCAUCGGGUUCUAAUUCCAAUGUCCUUGUUCCUGUGAGCUGGAAAAGGCCUCAGUAUUCUCAGAAAAGAACAAAGGAAAAGCUGGUACAUGUCCUUUCUCUCUGUGGCCAGGAAGUAGGGCUGAGUAAAAACCCUUCAGUUAUUUUUUCUUCGUGUGGUGAUUUGGAUCUGAUUGAGCACCAGACAAGCUUGGUGUCCUCAGAAGACGGAACAAGGGAGCAAGAGAACAUGGAUGAUUCAAACAGUGAACAACAGUUCAGAGUCUUUAGGGACUUCGAUUUCCUUGAUGUUGAACUGGAAGAUGGGGAGGGUGAGAGUAUGGACAACUUCAACUGGGGAGUGCGCAGACGUUCUCUAGAUAGUCUGGACAAGUGUGAUAUGCAGCUUCUGGAGGAAAGCCAGCUCUCAGGAAGUACACCCAGUCUAAAUAAAAUGAACCAUGAGGACUCCGAUGAGUCAUCAGAGGAGGAGGACCUAACAACAAGCCAAAUCUUGGAACACUCAGAUCUUAUCAUAACUCUUUCUCCCUCUGAGGAUACAAAUCACAUAGACUCACUGUCUACAUCAUGUGAUACGACCUCAGCAGACCCUCCUCAUUUUAACAUGCGAACAUCUAACUUUGAAGUCUCUUUGCCUGAUAUGAAUAAUCUCCAAGUGUCUGAAGUCUCUAAGGCUGAAGCUACACAUGAAGAGGAGGAUACUACUGUACAUGAAGAUGACCUUUCUGGCUCUACAAAUGAACUCCCAGUGGCAUUUGAAUGCAGUGAUAGCCUUAGCCUGGAUAUGAUAGAAACUGAAGAAAAAGGCGACAGACUAGAGCAAUUUGCUCUUGCCAGUUUUGGUGAAGGUGACAGAAAUGCCUCCCCUCCUCCCUCACCAUUCUUUUCUGCCAUCCUUGCUGCAUUUCAACCAGCUGCAUGUGAUGAUGCAGAAGAAGCCUGGCGUAGUCAUAUCAACCAGCUCAUGUGUGAUUCUGAUGGGUCCUGUGCAGUUUAUACCUUUCAUGUGUUCUCCUCCCUGUUUAAGAAUAUUCAGAAAAGAUUCUGCUUCCUAACUUGUGAUGCUGCCAGUUACCUUGGAGACAAUCUGAGAGGAAUAGGCACAAAAUUUGUGAGGUCUUCUCAGAUGCUGACUUCAUGUUCAGAAUGCCCCACUCUUUUUGUAGAUGCUGAAACACUUCUCUCAUGUGGCCUUCUUGAAAAGCUGAAAUUCAGUGUUUUAGAGCUACAGGAAUAUUUGGAUACAUACAACAACAGAAAAGAAGCAACUCUUUCAUGGCUUGCAAAUUGCAAGGCAACAUUUGCUGGGGGCUCAAGAGAUGGAGUUAUUACUUGUCAGCCGGGGGAUUCAGAAGAGAAGCAAAUGGAAUCUCUAGCACAAUUGGAACUGUGUCAAAGAUUAUACAAACUCCACUUCCAGCUACUGUUGCUUUUUCAGUCCUACUGUAAGCUCAUUGGACAGGUACAUGAAGUUAGUUCCAUGCCAGAGCUGCUAAAUAUGUCAAGGGAACUGAGCGAGUUAAAGAAAAAUCUUAAGGAAGCCACUGCUGCCAUUGCAGCUGAGCCUCUAAAUAUGGAGUCUGAGCCCACAUUUAAUUCUACAGAAGCAGCCAUUCAAUCCAUGCUGGAGUGUUUAAAAAACAAUGAACUUGUUAAAGCUGUACGACAAAUAAGGGAAUGCAGGAGUUUGUGGCCCAAUGAUAUCUUUGGAAGCAGUUCUGAUGAUGAGGUCCAGACACUACUGAACAUUUAUUUCCGGCAUCAAACCCUGGGCCAGACGGGCACCUACGCACUGGUGGGCUCAAACCAGAGCCUGACCGAGAUCUGUACCAAACUAAUGGAGCUGAAUAUUGAGAUUCGUGACAUGAUUCGCAGAGCUCAGAGUUAUCGGGUCAUCAAUACUUUUCUUCCAGACUCCAGUGUCUCCGGCACAAGUCUCUGACAGGAGCCUUGUGUCCCCUUUCUCUUUCAAACUGGAAGUGCUGCCCUGCUGGAGUGAGGUGGUUCAAUGUCUUCUCAGCUUUAGAAAGGUUUGGUCAAGCUGUACUCACUCUUGUUACAUAUAAGACUUCUAAAAAGAAGUGGGCAGACCUUCAAACGUGUAGCAAUACUGUCAGGACAAAGGUAACAUAGAACAUCCAAGACAAAAUCCUUUGUUCUGUGUUGCACAGAAAUUGGUUAACAUUUCACUAGACAACUGCAACUCACUACUGAAGAAGUGACUUCCAUUGCAUACCAAAGCCUACUACACUGAACGAUACUUCCUUUAUAGCAAAUUAAUUUUAGGUUGGCAAAAGUGCAAUGUUUCUGCCACUAGAGAAUUUUUUUUGUUUGUUUAAAAAGAAACCCUUGUACAUUUUUUCUUUCUUUUCUUUUCCUUGUUUGGUUUAGUGAAAGAUGGGCAGAAUGAAGCUGGCCACAGAACAUUGAAAAUGUGUUGGUCAAAAGCUGAGAGCCUUUGUAUAUGAAACAAAUUGUAAAUGGACUACAAUGUAAUGUACACUGUAAUUUGAAUAUGAUUACUGUAUCUUAAAACAAUGAGCUGCUAUGAAGUACAUUUCCGAAUGUUGCUAGGCUACUGUCUCUGAAGGUACUGGAUCAUAUUGCAGAGGUCUGUUCUUAGGCCCCAAGUAUCAUGAAUGGUCUAGGUAGAAUUUUUUUUUUAAAGACCUCAGCUGCUUUUUACUAGAAGGUUGCUUUUAUGAAUAUAUUUAUACUAUUCAAGGAUGGUUGAUCUAAUUUAACUUGCCAUUUUGUAGGAGAAAGUCACAUCAGAGUCAAAUCUUUUGAACUAUUACGCAUGCAUAUUUUUAUUUAAUAUAAAUUUGAAGUAUAAAAAGUAAAAAUAUUAACGUGAAAUGCAAGUUCUUAUUUUAUUUGUAAUAUAUGUAUCUAUAUAUAUUUAUAUCUAUAUCUAUAGCUAUAUAGAUAUAGAUAUACAUCUAUAAAGUCAUUCUUGUAUUUUUUUUCCCCUUACACGUAACUACUGUCUGGUGUUAAAUGUGUGCAUGUAAACCCGUUGCACAUCUGAAACGCUUUUAUUCAGACAUAAUCUGUAACUUAUUCACACUGUAAAUGCACCUACAGUUUUUUGUGAAGUAACUUUGGUUGAUAUUUUGAUUAGUACAUUCAUUUAACUAAAAUAUAAAACUCAUAUAUUGCAACCGUGUACAUGCUAAGUAUGAAGCUCUUGUCCUUGACUAAGUCUAGCAUUGCUUCAAGAUCAACAACACAGGUCCACUAAAUGUUAAAAUUAUUUUUUCCUGAAAUGGCUAGAAUGAUUACCUUGAAAGAAACUGAUGGAACAGACUGUAAAAACAUCUUCAUGCCAUUUCUCAGUAAUAAUGCAUCCAGGGAAGAGCAAGUAAGCUAACUGUACAUUAUAAAAAAAUAAAAUAGUUUUUAAGAUCUGUUUAAA